UCUCCCGAUCCCGCCAUACUUCUACCACUAUUUCACCACAACCAUCAGCAAAUUAAUUCAGACUGAUAGGGGUUUCCACACUGUGCAGGAAAUUCGGAAGGAUUGCUACAUGCAAGGAUUCUUCACUCCUCCGCUGGACUUCAUCAGGCUGCAACAUUACUGUUAGUCGAACUUUCCCCCUUUUAUGUAGGAUUCUGCUUUGAAUUUGAAAUUCUUUCAUUUUCGAUCACACUUAGUUGAAAAUUGCCAGUUCUUUUCAUUUUUGGCGGUGUCAAUUAAUUUUUGAAAAUUCGCUGCGCUUUGUCGAAGUUUUGUUUUGAUUUCUGAUUUUUUUUUUUUGUGAGCGCUGCAAUUUUUCCACGAUGAACAAGCUAUACAUUGGAAAUCUGAAUGAAAACGUGACCGCAGAGGACUUGGUUAAAACCUUCGAAGACUACAAGAUUCCUUACUCUGGACAAUUUCUAAUGAAAACUGGCUACGCGUUUGUUGAUUGUCCGGACGACCAAUGGGCUAUGAAAGCAAUUGAAACAUUUUCUGGUAAAGUGGAACUUCACGGCAAACGAAUUGAGGUCGAACAUUCUGUUCCUAAGAAACAAAGGACCAGAAAACUUCAGAUUAGGAACAUUCCACCCCAUUUACAGUGGGAGGUGCUUGAUGGUCUGCUUGCCCAGUAUGGCACUGUAGAGAACUGUGAACAAGUUAACACAGAGAGUGAGACUGCUGUGGUCAAUGUCACUUAUGCGACGAGGGAGCAAGCCAGACAGGCCAUCCAGAAGCUGAAUGGGUACCCGUUUGAGAACAAUGCCCUGCGCGUGUCCUAUAUACCAGAUGAGAGCUCAGACGCUGACUCCCAGCGUGGCCCCGACAAUGGCCGUCGCCCUGGUUAUGGUCCGCGUGCCAAUGCCCGACAGGGCUCCCCGGGUGCCUCGGUGCCCUCCAAGCACCAGCAUGCUGAUAUCCCCUUGCGUCUGCUUGUGCCCACCCAGUACGUGGGUGCAAUUAUCGGCAAGGAGGGUGCCACCAUUCGCAAUAUCACCAAGCAGACCCAGAGCAAGAUUGAUGUGCACCGUAAGGAGAAUGCCGGUGCAGCCGAGAAGCCCAUCAGCAUCCACUCGACUCCUGAAGGCUGCUCAGCUGCCUGCCGCAUGAUCCUGGACAUCAUGCACCAGGAGGCCAAAGACACCAAGACAGCUGACGAGGUGCCUCUGAAGAUCCUCGCCCACAACAACUUUGUAGGCCGUCUGAUUGGCAAAGAAGGCCGCAACCUGAAGAAAGUGGAGCAGGAUACUGACACCAAGAUCACCAUCUCUCCGUUGCAGGACCUGACACUCUAUAACCCCGAGAGGACCAUCACAGUGAAGGGUGCCAUUGAGGCUUGCUGUCUGGCUGAGCAGGAGAUCAUGAAGAAAGUGCGAGAGGCCUAUGAUAAUGACAUUGCUGCCAUGAAUCAACAGACACACCUAAUCCCUGGCCUGAACCUGGGAGCUCUCGGCCUGUUCCCUCCCUCGUCCUCCAUGCCACCUCCUCCCCCUGGAAACCCUGGACUGGGUGCCCCCUACGGCUCUUUUGGGGCACCCGAGCAAGAGACGGUGCAUGUGUACAUCCCAGCACAAGCAGUGGGAGCCAUCAUCGGCAAGAAGGGCCAGCACAUCAAACAGCUGAGCCGCUUCGCUGGGGCCUCCAUUAAGAUUGCACCAGCAGAGACCCCUGAUUCCAAAAUGCGCAUGGUGAUUGUGACUGGCCCACCUGAGGCUCAAUUUAAGGCUCAGGGCAGGAUAUAUGGCAAGCUGAAGGAGGAGAACUUCUUUGGGCCCAAGGAGGAGGUGAAGCUAGAGACGCACAUCAAAGUGGCGGCAGCUGCCGCUGGCCGAGUGAUCGGAAAGGGAGGGAAAACGGUAAACGAGCUUCAGAACCUCACGGCUGCUGAAGUUGUGGUUCCCAGAGAGCAGACUCCUGAUGAACAGGACCAGGUUAUCGUCAAAAUCAUCGGUCAUUUCUACGCAAGCCAGCUGGCUCAGAGGAAGAUCAGGGACAUUUUGACACAAGUUAAGCAGCAGCAGAAGGGUGGUAUGGGAGGCCCCGCGGCACCUCACCCACACGGCCUGUCGGAGCUGGGGCCCCACCAGGCAAUGCCCCAGGAGCCCCGGAGGAAGUAAGGGGCCCAGGCCUUAGCUGGACGGACGGACGGACAGACGGAUGGAUGGACAGACGGAACAGAGACGGCGGACGGACUGAGAGAGCAACACACGGGCCCAGUGGCAGACAGGGAGAAAUGAGCGCAAAACUGAGAGGGAAUAAAAAGGAAAAAAUGCCUGAGAGAGGACAAACGUUUAUAGAAAUGAAACUAGAAACAUGAGUGAUUUAAAAUAAGAAGAAAUUAACAAGGAGAGAGAGGGAACUAGAAAACAGAGACCAGAUGCCAGGCCAGGUCGGGUGACUGGGGAUGGCAGGGGCUCCUGCAAGCAGUGCCCUGUGCUGAGAGCUGCUGAAAUAAUGGUUGAGUGUCCUGAGGAAUAGUUCUAAGAAGUCAGCGCGCUCAGGAACCUCAGCCAUCGCCAGUCACUCCAAUAUUUUAAGGGUGUUUUUUUUUUUUUUUUUAAGAUAGAGAUAUAUGUAUAGAAAUGUUUAUUCAGAGGUAUUAUUAAUGAAAUGCAGUGAGGCAGAGAUGGAAGGGGUAGAGCGUAGAACCCAUUUGUACUAAAUCAGCCAAAUUAUAGAAAAUGAGGGGAGGGGCCAUAGCUGUUAACACUGCUCUUUAAGUCCCUUGCAGUAAACUGUUGGGGGUGAGGGGAAAAAAAACAAAAAGAAGAACAAAUGAGGUUGUAAAUAUAAUCUUCAUGAAUAUGUAUUGAAAUACUGUGUGCUUCCAUAAGCUGUCACGCGCUCAGUUGGUCAGGAUGAGCGAGAUUGAGGUCUCCUUUAAGGUGAGCCUUUGGCUUGUGCAUCACUCCUAGGCUGAGUGGCGAUUUGUCUGAUGGUCCACGCAGUGAGGGUACAGUAAGUGGGCGGGCCGAGGCUGGUCCUGCAGUUCUAUUGCAGCGGCUCAGCUCCGAGGCGCAUAUCCCCACCUCCAGCCCUAAACCACGCCCGCGAUGCUCGCUGGUGCGCCGCCCACACCCAAAUGGCAUAUUUUAUAUAUAUUAUAUAUAUAUGAUAUGUGAGUUAACCUGGCCCCUCGUAGGUAAGAGAGAAAGGCUGGGAGAAAUAUGGCGGGAGAGACUGUUUCACUGAAAUCUUCCAGAGGCGCCGUUUUCUGUACCAUAAUUUCAUGCUGUUGCAUACUACACUUGAAUUGAGUUAUAUAGAACUUGCCUUUUGUGCUCCCUGUUUUCUGUACUCUGGUUUUGACCAUGAAUUAUUUGAAAGCCACUGAGAGAGAAACUGGACCACAGAGCAGGAAUGUACAGUCUGAGUAAGAGCACUGACCGAGGGUCAGGUUCCUUCCCAUCAGUGGUGGUCUUGGUUAUUUGAAACCUGUUCCUUAAUCAGUUCUCCUACUCAUGAAUUGCUGGGCAAGUAGUUCAAAUGCAUCAGACUCCAUUGUGAGAGUGGUUAAAUCUGAUUUUAUGGACCACAGGAGCUGCUCCUAGACCUCCAUUAUUUUCUUGGAGACUCUUAAUGUGUUUGGGCCUUAAUUUCAAGGUUGCAUGAAAGACGGACGCCCCCAGGAUACAGCUCACCAC